GCAAUAAAGGCGGACAUUGUGAAUGCGUCAUACUAUAAAUUUACAUAACAUAUGUCGUUGCCCGCCAUCUACAUACUGUGAUUUUAUGACCACAUAUAUACGUACGUACAUAUGCAAGUGUAUUGUUUAAACUGCCAAUUUUGAAUUAUUAUACUGGUUAUAUUGGUACACUAUUAAAAUAUGUUGAACAUAGUAUCCAUUAAAGCACAUUCGGCGGAAAAAAUCAAACCUCAGCGUUUGGGGAAUGUCAAACAAUGUUUAACGUGUCCGAAGUCGGAAAGUAAUAUACAUAGAAGAGAUUAUGAUAGAGCUAAACCAGUCAGAAUAUUUGAAUUGCUUAAAGAAGAUGAAGAUAAACAGAAAGUUAAAAAAGGUAGUGUAUGUAAAAAAAUAUUACCCGAAAGAGUAGGGUCAUGCGCGUACAAUAAGCCUAAGAAUUCUUUCAGUCAUGUACGUAGAAAUCUUAAUUUUAAUAUCGUACCUGACAAUAUUCCAAAUGAUAAAACCAACAAUGUACACCUAUUGGACAAGUCUGAAUUAACAAGCAGUCAUCGUACUAUCAAACAAGUUUCCGAACCAAAGAUCAGAAGAAGUUUAGUGGAACCAAAUAGUAUUAAAAAUAUAUAUUUACAAAAACAUAAAAAAGUAAUAGAUAAACAGUCCAAACUUGAAGUGUUAAAGGAAAAUGUACCUACUGUGAAGAAAAGUGGAAUUCCCAUUCAUCAUGACAAAAGUAAACACAACAUUUGUAGCCACAAUUAUAGCAUUACAAAAGUUCAACGUAAAAUAACAUCUAAUGAUAUUUCAACUAAAAAACCUCUUCAAGCUUCUCAAUUUAUAAAUUCUCAACAAAAUAACAGGUGCCAUAAAACAUGUUCUCUAAAUGAGAUUCAUUUAAAAUAUCAAGGAACUGAAACAUUAAAAGAAAAAGAUGAGUGUAUAGAGAGAUUGUACAAUAGUUUGCAAAGUACGAAAAUAAUAGCUCCAGAAAAUGGUUUGAAUGCGAAACACGCUUCGUCUGAAACGAUAUCUGUUAAUGUUAAUGAAAUUAUGCAUUUGAAACGUGAACUAGAAAAUUUGGUAAAUACAACAGAAGAAAACUUAAAUAAACUGAAAUCAACAUUGUCAUGUGUAACAAGAUUACUUGUACCACAAGAAUCAGUCCCACCACAAUCUGGUAUUUCCAAUGGAAGAGAGGAACAUUUUAAAUUAACGUUGGAUAAAGAAGUUCAAGUAAAUACUUGUUGUAAAUUAUUGCAAUCAGCAGAGGAGAAUUCGAAAUUUCAUAGUUCUGGGAUUUCAGAAAUGCACAGAAUCGAAAAAGAAAACCUUGAUAUCAGAUGUAGAAAUUUAUCACAGGAUAACUUGGAUGAAAGUUUUUUAAAUCUAGAAGAUCGGUUGGGUAUUAAACAGACCGAAGCUAUUCAGAAAUCUUGUUCCAUGCAAAAUACACCUGUAAUUAAAAAGUAUACGCAAAAACGUUCUUUACGAGAAUAUAUGAGUUUGAAGUCGACUAUGAGCUUUCUGCAAACCCCAGACGGCAAAGCUUUAUAUCAGCGAAGCAAUGUAGACAGCUCUGUUGUUUUAAGCAGAACAUCAAUUUCAAAUAAAGUGUUGACGGAAUUUCAAAGUUUAUAUUCUGACUCGCCAGAUUCUACUUAGGAUUAACUAAUUUUAAAUGUAAUGUAAUUUUUAUAUUCUGUGAAACAAUGAUGUGUGUCUGUAUAUGUGUAUAUAAUAUUAAUAUAUGAAUGUAUUGUUAAUAAAUGAAAGCAAUAAAUAAACUAAAUAGGUAA